UUCAUUGAGUCAGAGGCGGGCCAGUGGACGAAAUCAAAUCGAGUGCGUUGGUGACCGAGCAGAGACUCACAAGCUGAAGAACCGAACAUAUUCGCAACCGCCAAAAGAUGGGCCCGGGCCGAUCAGACUUCCAGAGCGUGCUUGUGGCUGCAAACAAUGUCGGAUGUUGAAGGACGAGAUGAAACAGUACUUGGCAAACGCUCAAGGGAAGAAAAGGGAGCUGCUGCACAGAACAACGAUGCCGACAACGAUUCAGACGACGAUCUCGGGCCAAUGCCAAUGCCAGCCGGUGAAGACAAUGGUAACAUGAAAAAAAAGCGGAGGGUUCUUCCUCAUGAAAAAUUAUACCUCGAACAUUUGCCCAAUACCGACCAGUACUACAAGAGCUUCAUGCACCGAGAUGUCAUCAACUACUGUGUUGUUACAAAAACGGAAUUCAUGAUCACGACCUCAGUUGAUGGACAUCUAAAGCUUUGGAAAAAGCAAGAGACGGGGAUUGAAUUCGUCAAGCAUUACCGUGCUCAUCUUCAGCCAAUAGUUGGAGUUUCUGCCAGUGCGGAUGGUCAACUAUUUGCCACCAUCUCGGAAGACGGAACUGCGAAAGUCUUUGAUGUCAUCAAUUUUGAUAUGAUCAACAUUAUUAAACUUGGUUUCACCCCGCACACGUGUUGCUGGGUCCAUGGUCGUGGCCAAGCGCAGGGAAUUCUCGCCGUGUCAGAUUCGGCGUCUGGAACGAUUCGUCUUUACGAUGGGAGAGGUGGCGACACUCCUCUUGAAUUAGUGGAAAGUCUUCAUCGUUUCCCAGUUCACAUCAUGACAUACAGCGACCGGUAUGACACCGUCGUGUCAGCGGACGAAGCCGGAUUUAUUGAGUAUUGGCAGCCAACGGAGCCAUUUGGCUUGCCUAAGAACGUGUCAGGUUUAUGGUCAUUCAAGAGUGAGACAGAUCUCUAUGAGUUUAAGAAGUCCAAAUCAACUCCGACUUGCAUAACCCUAUCUCCAGACUCCUCUUCCUUCGUCACCAUGUCACUUCCCGACCGACAAAUCCGCAUAUUCUCUUUUUUGUCAGGUAAACUUACUCGCAAAUACGACGAGUCUCUGAGUGCUAUCCAAGAAAUGCAGCAAGCCGGAACGGCCGUUUAUAAAGUCGAAGACAUGGAAUUUGGUAGGCGUUUAGCCGCUGAACGUGAAUUAGAGCUCCCAGGUCCGGAUGGAACAAUACCUGGAAGAUGGUGCAAUGCUAUCUGGGACGAGAGCGGGGCCUUCAUCAUUUAUGGAUCCCUGUUAGGUGUAAAAGUCGUGAACACGGUGACCAAUCGCGUUGUGCGCCUUCUCGGAAAAGACGAAGUCGUCCGGUUCCUUAACCUCAACAUCUAUCAGGGCGCUCCUGCAAAGCACGGUGCAACUACAGCGGCUAUGGUGGCUUCUUCCAACCCAAUACUCGCUGAACGAGCAGUUCGAGAUCCUACUUUGUUCUGUACAGGAUUCAAACGACAACGGUUCUACAUGUUUACCAGAGCAGAACCUGAAGACAGCAAAGGUGGUGACCGUGAUGUAUUCAAUGAACGACCGACUCGCGAAGAGCAAAGUAUCGCAGCGGCAGCUCCCAGUGCAGGAAAAAGUGGUCCAUCUCCUCUGGCUAAUGCCGCGACCAUCCAUACCACACUUGGUGAUAUCCACCUUAGAUUGUUCCCUCAACAAGCACCCAAAGCUGUAGAAAACUUUGUGGGACAUGCUAGGAGCAGUUAUUUUGAGGGUAUCGUCUUUCACCGGGUUAUUCCCAAAUUCAUGAUUCAAACUGGUGAUCCGCUUGGGGACGGAACAGGAGGGACAUCGAUAUGGGGUAGGGAGUUCGAAGAUGAGUUUUCUGAUGAUUUGAGGCAUGAUCGACCGUACACGGUUAGCAUGGCCAAUGCCGGUCCCGGAACCAAUGGAUCACAGUUCUUUAUCACCACUACUGCGACGCCUUGGUUGGACAAGAAGCACACCAUAUUUGGACGCGUGAUAUCAGGACUCGAGGUUGUCCACGCGAUCGAAAACGUCAAGACGAACAAGAUGGACAAGCCUCUUGAGGAUAUCAAAAUAAUCAAUGUCAACGUCGAAUGAGCCCACUACAUAAAUCUGC